UGAGCUGUCCCGCGAAUAUACUCAUUUCUCAACAAAAAAUCUCAAAUCGGAAAUCUCAAAAGUUGAUGACAUUCAAAAAAGAUAAUAUUAUACAAAUACAAUCCAUCUGCAAUAUAUUAAAACUAACGAAGGACACUUUGUUUUACGGCAUACUGUCGUUUUAGCACAUGGAUGUAACUUUCAAGUUCAAAAGAAUACAAAGAAAUGUGUUUAUUUACAGAAACUACAUGUUUAAAUCCUUUCUGUUGAUCAAUAAAUGAAUGUCCAAACAAGCACAUUUUCGCCUAAAUGUCCCACGAGCCCCGCUGCAGACGGCAGGGCCGCUGAACGAGAUAAAGUAUAAUUAGGGGGAGGACUAAUGGCCAAGGGAGGGAUCCUCAUUAUGGCUGCAUGUGGACCAUGCAAAUGACCCCUCUGAUCACAUACGCUAUACUAAAGGCUUUGGACAAACGUAGUAUACCCUUGAAGAAUGAAAUGACGUUUCCUCCUUUUUAUCGUUUUACCAAGUUUGGCUGCAGCGUUUCGGCCUUUAUAAGACGUUGCACCACACCGCCCUCCAUAAUUGUUCUCUGCGCUGCGUAAUGAGCUCUGCAGAGUAAUGUUUCUUCGAGAAGUUCAGCAUUGUAACAUGCAUUGGCUCAUCAAGGCGCCUUUGCUGUCUGCAGUGAAGGAGUGGGGGAUAAAAAUGGGGCGCAGGGGGAAAUGUGGUCACUUGUGCUGUUUUAUGUGCUCACGGGGGAGAAGGAAAGGCAGCAGCAGAGGGAAGUAACAGAUCAUUAGGGGCAGAUGGAGAGGUUUGUGUAUACACAAGUUGCAAUACCAACAGGAGAUGAAGGCUCGAUAAGGAAAUUAAGGGAAAGGGUGCAACGCAAAUAAAGCAAAUCUGAUGCACCAACGGUCCGGUGUGACUCUGAAUCCCUCACUCACUAUCACAGAAAGAGAGCGAGGGGGGGUGAAAGUGAAGGGAUAGCUGCAGAAGCUUGUCAUUUGGAUUUUCUGGAAGAGCAAAUGCGUUCCUUGGAUUUUUUCCCAUCAGACUUGGAUGCAAGACUAAACACAACCCUUCACAGCUCACAUGAAAUGUUUCUCUGAGGUCACAGGUCUCUGGCGCACGAGCCGGGCUACGGGCGACUUUUGGAUUAAAAAAUACGGCUCCGUCAUUUUAGAUUUAAGGGAACAAACGCUGCACCCAAGGCAAUUGCAGGGUACACUGAAGCGAGAACACCCAGAGGUGGUUCGGAGAUUGUGAUUUGGUCGUGUGAGGUAUGUGCUCCUGUGGCCAACAAGUGAGGCAGUGCAUCCACAGACAUUCAGAGGCUGUGUGAGGUGGUGGGGACUGCUCAGUGAGAAGAGGAGACGAGGAUGGAAGUUUUGCUUCUGCGCGGCGCAUCAGGACUCAGAUGUCUUUCGUUUGAUCAGAUCAGAAUAGGAAUUUUAUAUUUAUUACGCUAAAGAAGCAGUGUAUUUGUUUUGCAGUGACUUUUUCUUCAGUUCAAAAAAGACACGAUAGCCUUAUUUGUCAUGGCAGUGCCAUAGAAUAUCGUCACGUCUGUUUAUUGAGUCGGAGGCAACUGUGAAGGGCCGAUGAAGGAGGCAGAUCAAAGCAAGGAUAACCCACUGGUGUGGGAUUUCGACCAACCCUGGAGUUCAAUCUUGAAACCCGCAGCCCGUCUGUGCCUUAACACUUUGGACUUCUCUGACCUCUGGGACGAGGAAGAUAGCACAGAGGACGAGGGGACAGCUUCAGUCAACGAUUCGUCAACAUGUCUCCAAUGCCCACCUCCACCACCUCCUCUUCCUCCCCCUCCUCCUCCUCUUCCCCCAGCUUUGUCCCCUCCAUCCCUUAAAUGUGCAAACAAAUCUCGCACCUUGAAGCUCCACUGGAGGGAAAUGGAGAGUUUGACACCCCUUCCUCGGAUGACACGCUUUGGGACUCAAACUAUUUGGGCUGCUCUGGAACCAGUCCAUUUAGACAAAAACCGACUGGAGUACCUUUUUGAGUCUAAAGGCAGUAGCACCUGCUUUAAUGGAGCCUGGCGACAGAAGCAACCAUCUCUCUCAGUGUUGGGGAUGAAGCGCAGUAACAUCAUAACCAUUGCACUGAGCAGCCUGCCCCCACCCCGCCUCCUCCCGCCUGCCAUCUACAGCAUGGACAGCAGCGUGCUAGACAGGGAGGACGUUCAGCGUCUUCAAACAUUAAUCCCAACAGAAGAGGAGCUCUCUCUGAUCAAGGAGGCCAAGGCCCAGAACCCUCAGGCAUCUCUGGCCCAGGCUGAGCUCUGCCUCCUCACAUUAGGGGAAAUCUCUCACCUGAGCUCCAGGCUUCAGCUGUGGGCCUUCGCUCUGGACUACGAUUCCUUAGAGAGGGAAAUUGCGGAACCUCUCUUCCAUCUGAAGCUGGCUAUGGAACAGCUCGCAGCUAGCCACACGUUCAGAUGUAUUCUGGCAACUGUGUUAGCAAUCGGUAACUUUCUAAACGGAUGUAAGGCUCGCGGCUUUGAGCUGAGUUACCUGGGCAAAUUGUCCCAGGUGAGAGACACACACUCCCGCCAGCCUCUGCUGCACCAUGUCUGUGUGCUACUCCUGCAGCUCUACCCACAAUCCUCGGAUCUCUACUCCGACAUCAGUGCUGUCACUAAAGCUGGAAAGUGCGACUACUCCCAAGUCCAGUCCAACCUUUCUCAGCUAGAAGCCACGUGCAAAGCAUCAUGGGAGCAGCUGAAGAUGCUGAAUAAAGCUGAGGAAAAGAGGAAAGUGGGGAAGGGGGAGAAAUGGAGAGAUGAAGUCCCAGAGGGUUCACUCCGUCACCAGCUGCCGAACACUUUGAAAGAGUGUGAGGGGAAGCUGAAAGUCCUCAGAGCGGUUCACCGUCGGGUUAUCAACAGGUUCCACUCGUUCCUGUUAUUCCUGGGCUACUCCCGAACUAUGGUGCGAGACACCAAAGCCGAAGACUUCUGUAAAACCAUUAGUAACUUUUCUCUGGAGUACAGAUCCACACGGCAGAGCAUUCUGCUCCAGAGAGAGCGGGAGCAACAAAAAAAUGGGUCUGAAAGCCCGGCUCCCAACACUCCCACCGGCUGGAGGAAACGUCAACAAACUCCCAUACAGGAGAAAAGUGAGGAGCAGUGUAAGUUGGAGGAAGUGCUAAGGACGCCCGAAUCCAUGCUGAGGCCGGACGCCACUCUGCCUCGAAACCGCAGGAGGAUGGCUGACACCCAAGGUCCUCUCUCUCGGAAAAUGAAGUGGUGACCCUGUUGACCGACGUCCUGUAUAUGACGCCAUUCAAUUACAGAAUCACUGGGGAAUAAAUUAAUGGACAGGUUGUUAGAAUCACUGUUUUUG